GAAGCACUGUCUGACGUGUCUGCCUCCGCGACCCGAAAGGAGAAGCGGCGAUGGAAGAUGAAGAAGAUGGAUGAAGAAGUGCAUGAACAUGUAAAGGACCUUCAAAAGUUCAUCGUUGGUGAUUUCAACGCCAAAUUCAGACCUCAGCAAAAUAACACAAGCCCAAGUGGGCCGAUUUGGAUAACGAUAAAAGGAAAGACAUGCGUGACCGAUUGA